AUGCGUUCCCCCGCCGCCCCUCCGCCUCCCCCCGCCGCGGUCCUCGGCGACGCCGCCCAAUGCCUGGACCGGCUCCUACCCGCCGCGGCCUCCGUCACCUGCUUCGCCUCCAGGUGGCAGACCAUCCGCUCCCGGCUCGCCGCCACCCUCCGUGGGUACUGCUCCGACGGCUCCGCCGCCGCCCGCGGCAAGCUCCUGAUGCAGUCCGACCUCGACAUGGCCGCCGGCUGGCUCGCGAGGCAGAUCAACGACCUCGAGGUCCUCCUCCGCUCCGGCGUCCUCCACCAGUCUACCGCCAUCGUCCUCUCGCGCCCCGACGCGGACUCCUCAAUGGAAGAAACCGCGUUCUUCGUCAGGGACCUCUUCGCCCGUCUCCAGAUCGGCGGCCCGGAGUUCAAGCGGAAGGCACUAGAGUCGCUGAUUCAGCUCCUCUCGGAGGAAGGCAGGUCCGCCUCCGCCGCCGCCGUCGUCUCGAGGGAGUCCGGCGUCUCCCGCCUAAUCUCGCUGCUCGAUUCGAACCGCCGCGACUCGAUUACAGAGCUAGCGGUUGCUGCCCUCUCGCUGCUUAUCUCCGCCGGAGAUUUUCCCCGUAGGUGCGCGUUCGAGGAGGGCGCCCUCGGUCCCCUGCUCCGGUUAAUCGAGUCCGGCUCGAUGCCGAUUAAAGAAAAAGCUGCCAUGGCCGUCGAGUCCAUAACCUCCGACUCCGACCACGCCUGGGCAGUUUCCGCCUAUGGCGGCGUGCAAACCCUAAUCGAAUUAUGCAAAUCCGGCUCGCUCUCAGCUCAAUCACACGCAAUUGGGGCAAUUAGAAACAUUUCCACCGUCAACGACAUUCGAAUAGCUUUGGCCGAAGAAGGCGCCAUCCCUAUCCUGAUUCAACUGCUCAUCUCCGGCAGCCCAUCCUUACAGGAAAAGGCAGCAAACUGCAUAUCCAUUUUUGCCUCGACCAGCGAUUUUUUCCGCAGCUUGCUUUUGCAGGAAAAAGCCAUCCAGAAAUUGCUGCAGUUAUUUCACGAUUGCUCGAAUUCCGGCACGUUCGAGCACGUCCUUCGAGCAAUUUACUCGCUCUCUGUUUCAGAUGCCUGCUACAGAACACUAUCCAGUUCAACUCCAUUCAUUCUACAACUUUCAGAACUCGUAAAUCACAAAAAUGUCACGAUACAGCACAUAUCUUCUUCCCUGCUUGCUAAUUUAGCCAUUAGUGAUGGUAACAAGCGGGCUAUUUCCGGUUGUAUGAGUUCUCUGGUUAAACUAAUGGAAUGCGUGAAGCCAGACGGGAUGCAAGAGGUCGGGGCGAAAGCUUUGGUCUCGUUGCUUUCGGUAAAAUCGAACGGGAAAGAGUUUGUGAGGGAUGAGAAGAGCCUUAUGAGGCUUGUGAGAAUGUUGGAUCCGGUGAACGAGGUUGUCUCGAAGAAGUUUCCGGUGGCGGUUGUGGGGGCAAUCUUGGCCGGAGGGAGCCGGAAAUGCCGGAGGAGGCUCAUUGAGGCCGGCUCUCAGGUGCAUUUGCAGAGGUUGACUGAAUUGGAAGUCGCCGGAGCUAAGAAGGCUUUGCAGAGACUAUCGACUAAUAAGCUAACGAGCUUGUUGUCCAGGAAAUGGCGAGGAUAA